GGUUGGGCAAGCGCGCGCCGCAGCGUUGCUCGACUCCCGGGAAGGCCGACUGGUCGCUGAUAUAAGCCUUGGUGCUCCGGUGACCUCGUCAUUCUCACCAGACCCAGCGGUCCCCAGGGUAGGAUACUAUUCCAGACAUGUUUUCGUUGAUAAUACUGAGUUUGGCGGCUGUGGCGCAGCUGACCAGCGGAUACCCCUUCGAGGUUCCGACGGCCGCUUGUGUCGACAUGACGCCCAAGGGCCCGGCCCACAGCAACGCCGCCCCGCAGAACUCCAAGGUGCCCUUCGACUUCGCCCUGCAGAAGAACUCCAUAUCGAACUCCGAGACUGUGGAGUUCAGCAUCAACCAGAAGCCUGGAGGUCCCACGUUCGCCGGAUUCAUGGUGCAGGCCCGUGCCGGCAACUCCCCAACUCCCAUCGGCACCUUCCAGCCCAAGGGUGACAACGCCAGGACCGUCACUUGUUCUGCAGAGAAUGAUACAGGAUCUCACAACAGCCCGGACUCAAAGACCAGCACCACCCUGAUCUGGACACUAACCCCCCACCAACUUCAAGGGAUCUGUCACCUUUUAAUAUUAGAAGGAGGCAGUGUCCUUUUAAAGCCAAGGUUGUAG